GUUCCAACGAAAAUCUACUACAAGUACUCUCCACGUUUCAUUUCUUCUCCAAAGAGAUUCACUUGCUUGUCCUUACUUAAAACCGAUUCUCAAAAUCAAACCACACUCUCUUCUUCUUCCAAUUCUGGAUACCCUGAAUACAAUCGAUUGAUGCCAUGUCCUGCACAUAAUCUUCCUCCAAGAAUUGAGCAUAUGGUUGUGUUAGAAGACGACGUUCUUGUUUCUGAGUUUAUCUCUAAACAAUUAGAUCUUCCUCCUUUAUAUGUUGCAGAUCUUAUUCGAUUUGGAGCUGUACAUUACGCUCUUGUAUGUCCUAAACCUCCACCAACUGCGACUCCUGAGCAGAUAAAACUUUUUGAAGAAGUAACCUCUCCUUCUGUGCUAAAGAAAAGAUCUUCUAUUAAAGGAAAAACUGUUAGAGAAGCUCAGAAAACGUUUCGUGUGACUCAUACCAAUCAGUAUGCUGAAGCUGGAACUUAUUUGCGUGUUCACGUUCACCCUAAACGUUCUCCAAGGUGCUACGAAAUUGAUUGGAAGUCGCGGAUUGUUGCUGUGACUGAUUCUUAUGUCAUUUUGGAUAAACCUGCUGGACUACGGUAUGUUGGGGGCACUACGGAUAACAUCGAAGAGAGCUGUGCUACAUUUGCCUCACGUGCAUUGGAUUUACCAGAACCGCUGAAAACAACGCAUCAGAUUGAUAACUGUACAGAAGGCUGUGUCGUUUUUGCUAGAACAAAAGAGUACUGCUCGGUCUUCCACACGAAAAUAAGAAAUAAAGAAGUGAAGAAACUAUAUCGUGCUCUUGCUGCGGCACCUCUUCCCAUUGGAAUUAUCUCACAUUAUAUGCGCCCAAAAAAUAUGGCUCCAAGACUCGUAUCCGAAGAUUCGAUUAAAGGCUGGCACUUGUGUCAACUUGAGGUUUUAGAAUGUAAGAAAAUUCCUUGGCCCGAUGCAGCUACUGAGAAGAAACACGAUAUUGAAGACUGUGGAUGGACUUCAAAAGAAUUUGCUUAUGAGUGUAAAAUAAACCUUUUAACAGGCAAGACUCACCAGAUCCGAGCCCAGCUUGCAGCUUGUGGGGCUCCGUUGGUUGGUGAUUCUAUGUACAUGCCAGCAGCGAUAGCAGAAAUGGUGAAUCCUGAGAUCAACCCUUAUGGGAAAGCAAAGAAACAUUACAUAAUGGAGGAGAACGAAAAGGAAACUGCUGUUGCCGAAUGGAUUGAUAGGCAUGGGAAGGAACCGAGGGUAGGAAUCGGUCUUCAAGCUUGUCAAAUCUCAUGGGACGAUGAUGAUGGCGAGCACUUCUAUGAAGCUGGGACUCCAUGGUGGAGAUGAAACACAUGUCGUGAUGUGGAGGAUCUUAUCUAAUCUUGCCGCAGUAAAUGAGAGGCAUCAAUCAUCUUUGGAUUGAGCUCUGUGCUGGAAAAUGAAGUUUUUGUACCAAG